AUGGCCAACCAAGGCUCCGAUGCCACUCUCAACGACGCCGUGGGCGACAAGAUCCGCGAUUGGCUCCAACUCACCAAGAACGGCCAUGGUCCCCUGAAAGAGGGAGAAAAAGCGAGCAGUCGGGCUUACAUGUAUGCUCUCCAACAGGACUGGAUGGUUUCCGUCAUGCCCUUCUUGGACGUUCACUCAGCCACGGCCAGCGCCAACACGGCUUCCAUCACCUUCACAUACACGGUCCAACCUCAACAUUGCAACCGUCUACAUCACCUGCAUGGCGGCGCCACCGCCACUCUCCUGGACUUUUGUACCAGCGUCCCCCUUUCUCUCGUCAGCCGGCCCGGCUUUUGGCAGUACCUCGGGGUGAGCCGCUGUCUCACCGUCUCGUACCUACGUCCCGCCCGAGCAGGCGAUCAAGUUCUCAUCGAGACUGAGAUUGUACAGGUUGGGAAAAGGCUCGCUACUCUGAGGGGCAGCAUUCGCCGCAAGGAGGACGGUCAGCUGUUGUGUACUGCUGAGCACCUCAAAGUCAAUAUCGAUUCAGCCGUCAGUUUGUAG